CAAUCAAAGCAGCCAUGUCAAGUGGCAAAAAAGCUAUGUGAACUAAUUGCAGUGAAGAAGGGGCCGUUAUUUCAAGAUAUACACUGUUUAAGUCAGCGGAUUUGUUUAUAAAUGACAGUCGGCAUUGCACAUUAUUUAGGCGCUGUUGAAGGUGGUCAGCAUUAUGUUUCUUAUAUGCGGGUAACAACAUUACUGGGACAGUUUGAAAUCGAUGUCCUAUAAACGGAAUACUCAAACUGAACCUUCUUCGCGUUUUAUGUGAGCCAAUAGUUUGUGCUGGAGAAAACGAGCCAAUGAUGUCAGGAAAGCAUUACAAGGGUCAAGAAGUCAGCUGCUGCAUUAAAUAUUUCAUAUUUGGAUUUAACAUAAUAUUUUGGUUGCUUGGAGUUGCUUUCCUUGGAAUCGGACUGUGGGCAUGGAAUGAGAAGGGAGUUCUCUCGAAUAUCUCCUCCAUCACAGAUCUGGGUGGAUUUGACCCAGUGUGGUUGUUUUUGGUGGUGGGAGGGGUGAUGUUCAUCCUGGGUUUUGCAGGCUGUAUCGGGGCCCUGAGGGAAAACACUCUCCUGCUCAAGUUUUUUUCUGUGUUUCUGGGGAUAAUCUUCUUCCUGGAGCUGACUGCCGGCAUCCUGGCCUUUGUCUUUAAAGACUGGAUAAAAGAUCAGCUAAACUUUUUCAUCAACAACAACAUACGAGCCUACAGAGAUGACAUUGAUUUGCAGAACCUGAUCGACUUCACUCAGGAAUAUUGGGAAUGCUGUGGGGCGUUUGGAGCAGAUGACUGGAACCUGAACAUCUACUUCAAUUGCACAGACAGCAACCCCAGCCGAGAAAAAUGUGGCGUGCCCUUCUCUUGUUGCACCAAAGACCCAGCGGAGGAUGUUAUCAACACACAGUGUGGGUAUGACGUCCGGGCAAAAUCAGAUGCAGAACAGAAAACAUACAUUCAUGUGAAAGGCUGUGUGCCGCAGUUUGAGAAAUGGCUACAGGACAACCUGACGAUAGUGGCCGGGAUCUUCAUUGGAAUCGCGCUGCUGCAGAUAUUUGGAAUAUGCCUUGCACAAAAUUUAGUCAGCGAUAUUGAAGCUGUGAGAGCCAGCUGGGUGCCGCCCCUCUCUUACGUCGCCCGCCGCCCUCCGCCCCACUACAGCAAGAAAGCCUCGGCGUACUCCUGAGGGAGGCGUUCGUCUGGUGGUUUGUUCACAGGAAGUGGCAGCUAGUCGUUCAGACGCUCACAGCAACAUCUCAUCUCAUCUACGAUGAUGCGUUUACUGGCGUGAGGGCGGGGCAACCUGUCACUCACCUGAGAUCCACCAAUAGCAAACCACAACCAUCUAAUCAAUUCCCCCAUGGACAAAAUCAAGUCCCACCUACUUUUAUUUUCUUGUUUCAGAAGCUGUAUCAAUAUGGGACAAACAAUUACAUGUCAAUAUGGAAAAAAAAUGCUAUCGCAACUUCUGUUUCAUGCUGACUUUAAUACCAACCUAACUAGAACGAUUUCUUUCGAUAGAAAACAUAAUUGUGAUCUAGUCGCAUUGUCCAAACCUGUCUUACUUUUUCUUUGUAAACAGGGCUACGCCAGCUUGAUGAAGCUAGCGAAUGAUGAACACAAGUGCACUGGGUCGUGUGUGUGUGUGCGUGUGUGAACCAUAACAUUUUACCAUCAGUAAAUCGUGCUGUUUUUUAUGCGUAAUACAUGUAAGAAAAUGUUUAGUAGCACUUUAUUUUACAGUCCUGUUCCUCAUGUACAUACUAUGUACUUAUUAUCGUUAUUACAAUAACUAACCCUGAACCUAACCGUAAGCCAUGUAGUUACCUUAUAUUCCCCAGUGCUUUCGUUGGCAAGUACACUGUAAGUACACAUAAGUGAACGUACUGUAAAAUAAAGUGCAACCAAAUGUUUGUCCACAGAAAAUAUUCUAUCAUUUGCCUAAUGGUUAAAA